CGAAUUUUUGUGUUUUGCUGUGGCUGUACUGUGCGAGUGGUGCUGAGGAGGAAAAGGGAAUUUCAGCUGUUGUCGAUUUGGUUGAAGACGUUGUUACGACUAUGCCAGAACUAGUUAGACUUUGAGAACUGGCUAGUACUAUGGCGAAAUCAGCAUUGCUGAAAGUCGUGCUUCUCGGAGAUGGUGGUGUCGGGAAGUCGUCUUUGAUGAACCAAUUCGUCAAUAACAAGUUUGACAGUCAGUCGUUUCACACCAUUGGAGUGGAGUUCCUCAACAAGGACAUCGAGGUGGAUGGAAAGCCCUACACUCUUCAAAUCUGGGACACGGCGGGGCAAGAGCGCUUCAAGAGUUUGAGAACACCAUUUUAUCGUGGUGCUGACUGCUGUUUACUGACAUUCAGUUUAGAUGACAUGCAGAGCUUCAGAAAUUUAGCUAUGUGGAAAAAGGAGUUCCUGUAUUAUGCCGAUGUACGAGAUCAAGAAAACUUCCCAUUUGUGGUGCUAGGAAACAAGGUGGACAUGCCCAAUCGGGAGGUGACGCAAGAGGAUGCAGAUCAAUGGUGCAGAAGCAGUGGAAAUUAUCCCUAUUUUGAAACCAGUGCAAAGGACGCAAUCAAUGUGGAUCAGGCAUUCAUCACAGCUGUGCACAGGCUCGUGAAGAACCAGGAGCUGAACGGUGUGAACCCUGCGUUUGAUGACCGCGUCAACUUGGCAUCUAAAUCUAAGGAAGGUGGAUGUUGCGGCUAAGUGGAUCGUAUGUGUAAUUCCGGUAAGAGGAGAGCAACACUUCACUUAGCUGGAAUCGUUGCUGGUCACGAAACGCUGUCAAAUUCUGUAGAUAUGUAUUUGAUACCUAGAAGAAUCCCCCGCAAAGGCUUACCAUGCUCUUCAAUGGCACGUGUCGUUCUUGCCGACCGCUGCACUCUCGCGCAUGGUUUGCGAUGCAGAACUGCAUGCACGGCCUAGCAGGCUGCCAUGUUCAUAUUUGAGCGAUUUUUACCCAUACAGAUAGAUAGGCAUGUUAUUCUUAACUCCAUACGCAUAGUGCACUGUUGCACCAUCAUAUUUCCGAGAGGUUCAUUCUUUCCCCAUCCCCUUCUCUUACUCACGCACACAUUCCGCUCAAGUAUUUUCCUCCAUUCUUACCUUUAUACUUAUAAUAACAACGGGCCUGGUGCUCUAACGCAUUUGAUUUUUCCUAACUGUAACCUCUUUUAUUAGUCUACUUUCAUUGCCUUGGACAGACGGCUGCCUCUCGGAUGUCCAAAGCGCAUUAAAAACAACAACGACCGUUAUAGGUGUGCUAUUCUGUGUGUAGCACUUGUCUUUAUUUGUGUUGUUAUAUUUGACUUGUAUAUACGCUUGUAUUUCUAUUCGUCUCCUUCGUGUUGUGUGAGCUUAUUCAUGCGUUCUUUGGCAUGCUUUCUUGUGACUUCCCACUCUAUUCCAUUUUCCGAUGACGUUUGCAACGUAUCAGUCAA